AUGAAGCGAAGGGUACUCCGCGCACACGCGAACAAACGUCGUCUUAGGCUCAUCAGCGCUGAGCACGGACUUCGACUUGAUGCGUACAGUAUUCUUUGCGACGCCUCGUUUCUGCGCGCGUUGGUUCUUGCCGAGGGCGCCGGCGACCGUUCCCCGGCGCAGACACUGAAGACUCUCAUGUAUGACACCUUUGCGGCUGCUACUUCGCAUGGAUGGAAUGAAAAGGACACUGACAACGCCGCUGGUGCCGCACAGGUGCGGAAACACAAGGAUCUGAGUUUUGCAGUGCACUAUCUGCCGGAAACAGCCAUGGCGCUUCGUCGAAUGGCGCAGCAGCAGCAGCAGCCAGAGGAGCGGGAAACUGCUUCGGCACCACGCAAACGGAACGGAAAUGAAGGGAACCUGAGACAACCUGCGGUACGUGAACAGAGCCGGCCUCUUCUUUCGGUGGUGGAGUCGCUUUUGGCAGGAUUGGAGUGCACUGGGGGCGGGGAUUCCUCAGCCAGUAGAAAUGAGGCCAAGGCGAUAGCUCAGUUUGUCGCGGCGGGGUCAGUUGAGAGCCGCAUCCCACACGCGGCGCAGAAGCGGAAAAAUGCUCACUUUUUUUUCGUUGCCACGCAGUCGCACGACGUUCGCCGGCUGCUGCCACGCAACGCCGCUCUCAUUCGCCUCACAACUUCUCCCACGGCGUUGUGGAUUGAAAGAAACGGCGACGCAUUCCACUACGGCGUGGACGGCGCUAACAACACCUCUGGCCAGGAGGCGGCCGCGGCAACGGGGGGGAAAAUGCUGUCUGCAGCAGACGUGGCUUUCAUGCGGCACCUCUCGGCGGACCUCCUGCCGGCCGCGGGGGUGAAGAAAAGGCGCCGGGCGGAGUCGAACAACGCUGCGGCGAGGAUAUCUGAGGUCACGAUGGCCCCGCAUCCAAAGGCGACGCCAGUGACAGGCCACAGGGGCGACAUGGGAGGAGGGGGUGCGAAGCGGCCUAGAAGGAAAGCGGCAGGCGGGCCAAACCCGCUUGCGGUGAAGAAGAAGCGUGUUCGUGAGGUGUUUCGCGUGGAUUCCGGGGUGUCGAAAAAAACGAAAUGA